GCGCUGCCCGUUUGCCUGCUGGAUGGCAUCGCUUAGCCAACCUUGCCCGAUUUUUAAAAAAGCGGAAAACUACCAGGACAUUCCAGGGAUAUAAAUUAGACACCGUAGUAGAAAAACAUUCUGGAAACAGUACAGAUAGAAACAUGAAUUGGAUGCCGCCACUAGAGAAAUUGGCCCGUUUAUUUAGUGCUUGCAGGCAGCUGCAAUCCCUGACUUACCGAAAACAGUGGAAGUCUAUCCUGUCCUCUGCCUAUCCCAUGUGUCCCAUUCAGCUGCACCCACUGCUCUGGCAUCCACACACCACCUCACAAUUCAGGCCUUUCACCACCAAGGAGAGAGAAAAAUUGGGCAAAGGGAAAUUGAAGCCUGUACAGAUGAAAGCAAAGAAGCAAGAGGUUGAGAUAAAGCGUACAAUGACUGUGGAGGAGCUUGCAAAAGCGAUGCAUAAAGAUAUAGAUCAUGUGUAUGAAGCUCUGCUGAACACAGAUAUAGAUUUAGAUUCACUAGAACCAGAUUCAAUCUUGGAAGUAAAUUGGAUCAAAGACAUCGUUAAAAAAUCUGGCAUGCAAUACAAAUGGGCUGAACUGAAAGAAGAAAAAGAAAAAGAAAAUAAAGAUGUGGUUAGAAGGCCUCCUCAAAAUCCAGCUUUAUUAACCCCCAAGCCUCCAGUUAUUACUGUAUUGGGCCAUGUUGAUCAUGGAAAAACUACGUUGCUUGAUAGCCUGCGAAAUACUAAUGUGGCGGCAAUAGAGGCAGGAAGUAUCACCCAGCAUAUUGGUGCCUUUCUUGUGCAGUUGCCUUCUGGGGAGAAGGCAACAUUCUUGGAUACUCCUGGCCAUGCUGCCUUUUCAGCCAUGAGGGCAAGAGGUACACAUAUCACUGAUAUUGUUGUACUGGUAAUAGCUGCCGAUGAUGGUGUGAUGGCACAAACUGUGGAAUCCAUUCAACAUGCUAAAAAUGCUAAUGUUCCAAUCAUUGUUGCCAUCAAUAAGUGUGAUAAACCUGACGCUGAUCCUGAAAAAGUAAAGAAACAACUGUUGGCUCAUGAUAUUGUUUGUGAAGACUAUGGAGGAGAUGUUCAGGCUGUUCCUAUCUCUGCAUUAAAGAGCCAUAACUUGAUGAACUUAAAAGAGGCAAUUGUAACUCUUGCUGAGGUAAUGGAACUGAAGGCAGAUAGCACAGGCCUCAUGGAAGGUAUUGUAAUAGAGUCUCGCACAGAUAAAGGAAAAGGUCCAGUAACCACGGCCAUUAUCCAAAGAGGCAGUCUGAGAAAGGGCUGCAUUUUGGUUGCUGGAGAAACCUGGGCCAAAGUGAGAGUUUUAUUUGAUGAGAAUGGCAAAAUCAUGGAAAAUGCUUCCCCUGGUUUGCCCACGGAGAUUGUGGGGUGGAAGGAGGUCCCUGCAGCAGGGGACGAAAUCCUUGAAGUUGAAUCUGAGCAAAGGGCACAUGAAGUUGUUGAAUGGAGGAACUAUGUGAAACAGCAGGAAAAGAUAAAUAAAGAUCAAAAAAUGAUAGAAGAAAAGCAAAGGGCUCAUCAGGAAGACUACAAGAAGAAGCGAGAGGGCCUCAUGAACAUGAGCUGGAGACAGAGAGUAUAUUUAAUAAAGAAGAGCCAAAAGGAGUCCAUGACUAGGCAAUCUGAAAAAAUUACUCAGAAUGACAAAAACAAGUUGCCUCUCCUUAUCAAAGGUGAUGUGGAUGGCUCUGUAGAAACCAUUUUGAAUAUUCUGAAAACCUAUGAUGCUGAUGAAGAAUGUAUAUUAGAUGUGAUUCAUUGUGGAAUUGGGGAUAUUAGUGAAAAUGACAUAAAUCUAGCAGAAUCAUUUAAAGGUAUCAUAUAUGGGUUCAAUGUAAAAGCACAUAAAUCUAUUCAGCAAAUGGCUGCUAAAAAGAAAGUAAAGGUGAAACUACACAACAUCAUCUACAGGCUUGUGGAGGAUUUACAGGAAGAGCUCAGCAACACUUUGCCUCUUGGUGUAGAGGAGGAUGUGCUAGGAGAAGCUGCGGUUUUAGCCAUCUUUGAGGUUGAUGUAGGAAAACAUAAAGUUCCAGUGGCUGGUUGCAGAGUACAGAGAGGACAACUAAACAAAAAAAUGAACUUUAAAUUAAUUCGCAACGGAGAAUGUAUUUGGACAGGAUGCUUAUCGUCUUUGAAGCACCAUAAGGAAGAUAUUGCUAUCGCAAAGACUGGCAUGGAUUGUGGACUUAGUUUGAAUGAUAAUGUGAAGUUUGAAGUUGGAGAUGAAAUUGUUUGCUUCAAUCCAAGGGAAGUAAAGCAGAUAAUUUCUUGGAACCCAGGAUUUUAAAUCAGGCUGCCUAAAAUAUGGAAGGCAAGAAAACUUGAAUCUUCAUUCAGUAUCGACUAUAGAAUCUUUGGGAUAGUGUCCUGCACUGUACAAUUAGCAGGAACAUAUUUCAGACUUCUACUGCUUCUAAUGUAAAAUUGGUUACAGAAAAAAGAAGUCUGCCCUUUCAGGAAGUGUAUAUUUAUGUUAUGAAAUAACAUUUUAAAACCUAAGUGUUCACUACAAGGAAAACCAAAACAUUACAUUUGUUAACUGCAAUUGUUGUUUUUCAGUCAUUAUCAAAAAAUUUAGAUGGUGUUUUGCUAACAAAAUUCUACAUUUUCUACAGUACCCAAACCAACAGCUAUUGGAUCAAACACCUUUGUAUGUUUAAAUUACAGAACCUACCACACCCAAACCAUUAUUGAAUGAUUUGAAACAUGGGGAUGACUGUCAUCUCUCACACUAUAAUGUUCAACAUAGUUUUCCAACUUUGAGCUGCAAAGUUGCGGCCAAUCAGCCUUACAUUAAAAUUAGAAUUGUAGGUAAUUUUUAGGUAAUUGUGCUUUUUUAUAACAUUGCAUGGAAAUGAAUAAGGAAAAAUGCAGAUAAUCAGUUAGGGUGCAGUAACACUAUAAACAAAUAAUAAUACAGUAUUUCUGGAAUAUAAUUUCGCAGCCAUGGAAUAAAAGUAUGUUAAAAAUGCUUGGAGGAAUGGCAGAAGGGUAUUAAUAAAUUUGUUUGGGUAGGGAAGAAACCGAGAAUAAAACUUAAAAUAAUGCAAGACGCACGUGAAAGAGGUGGUUUGAAAAUGCCCAACUUAAAAUUAUACUAUGAAGCAGCAGUUUUAUCAACAAUUAGUGAUUGGAUUAACUUAACAGAGGAUAGAAUAUUGAACAUUGAGGGAUAUGAUUUGGUAUAUGGUUGGCAUGCUUAUUUAAUAUAUGAUAAGGUGGAUAAGAUUUUUAAAAGCCAUAUUUUAAGGAAUGUUCUAUUGCAUGUCUGGAAAAAAUAUCAAUAUAAAUUAAAUGAUGAUACCUAUGUGGGCAGUACCCAGACAUGCAAUAGAGAAUGUAAGCAUAGAACCAAAAUAGGAUGUAACUACAUACAGAGCUGCUCAAUACAGAAAGAGGUGUACUACAGUUAAAGCCUAUGAAUGUACUAAAAGAGGAAAAGGUAAUUCAAACCUGGUUUCAGUAUGGACAGCUACAGGCUAGAUGGAAAAAAGACCAGAAAAUUGGUAUUAUGCAAAAUGAGGAUAAUUUAGUAAAACAAAUUAGAGACCAGAGUCAAAUG